AUGCCAAUCGAAGCAAUAGAGAACGAAGAACAAGCACGAAUAUACGGACGUGCACGGGCAAAAGAGAUCUUUCAACCUAUGCGAUGGAAGCGUAUUGGAGCACUUCCGGACGAGGCGGCUAAACUCUAUGAAAGUACGCAACGUUCUGAUAGUCAGUAUUAUAGUUUACGAGCGGUCAAGCCAUUACAAGCUACAUUAGCUGAAGUUGAGGCAGUUUUGACGGGACAGACGGAACAAGACAAUUCACCUUCACUUCUAGCUCGACUUUUACCCCAUACAUACGUAUCUGGAGGUUCAAUUGCUCAAUAUCCGACACUUGAUCACUCGACACGAGAACGUGAGAACGUGACACUGCAAUAUGCACGAUUAAAGCCCUAUACUUCCAAGCAUAUGGGACAUCAAAAUCCAGACACUCGUCUCUCUAAUUCAGUGGAUAAUUUUAUUUUUCUUGGGUAUACUUUGUCAACAAGGUUACAACGUUCUGACACGAGUUUAAAAAAAAGUGUUGGUACAACGACUCCACGGACUUUAACUUCCGUUGCUUCGUUGUUACAUUUGUAUUAUCCAGUUCAAGCGCCUUUGUUUGCUGAAAGGAGACAUGAUUUUCGGACAGAACAUUUGGCAGAUCAUAAAUUUAGUAUCACGUAUAUUAUUCAAGAAUUAGCAAAGAGUGAAGCACGAGAAGACAAAGAAGCAUCUGUGACACUUGAAGUUGUAUUAACGUGGUCUCUUGAUCAUGAAAAGGAGAGAAGAAUGGAAGAAUUCCAUGAAAUGAAGCAACGAUUACGUCACGAUGCUUUAUGUCUUACAAGACUUCAGCCAUUGAUUCAACGUCUUCGUCAAGAAAAGAUUCCACGUAAUGUGACCGUUAAAGUACCACGUGAAUCGUCACAGACUAGUAAAACUCGUGAUGAUUUGAAUCAAGGACGAAUUUGUCAUGUCUGUAAUCGAAAAUUUGGACCUUUUCGAUGGAAAAAAAAUUGUGAAGUGUGUGAAAAGAUUGUGUGUCAUCAAUGUUUCAUUGGACAAGCGAUUGUUGGAUCACGUCGAAAGAAACGUGUGUGUACACAAUGUUCGUUACGUGAGAAGGGCAAUGGAGUGAGUCGAAAGGAUGGAACAGUCUCUGGAACAACAAAAAAUUCUUUCUCGGAAGGUUCAUCGUUUAAUGUGUUUCAAUUUCCAAAUCUUGAAACUCUUGUUCAGAAUUCAAAAAGAUCAGAGAUGCACAAUCGAACGUCAUCGCAAGCAUCAAAUCGAAUUGAAAUUGAUUUGGAUUUAGAUCCAGCAUUAGUUACAUCAAAUUCUCGAAGACGUCAACGUACUCACUCUCGUCAAUCAGAACUUUCGCAAGGAUCGCCAAUGAGUGCAACAACUUCGGUUCUUGGUGUUGGAGACACUCGUGCAGAUAGUCGACGAAAAACAGUUUCGACUCCAACUGAUUUAAUGGACAAAGACUCAAGUAUAACUCAAUCAAUGCGCACGCGACGAGCUAAGACGGUACAAUUAGCAGACACUCCAACGAAACACGUGACACGUACAUACGUCCACGGUUCGUUCUCUGCUUCGUCACAAGUGAAUACAAAGAUAAAAGACGAGAAUUCAUCAGAUGUAACGAGGAUUAAGUGUACAUCUCAGCUGAUCAAGCUCACAACGCCUGAACCUGAUUACGAGUUGAAUUUUAACUGGUUUAAUGCGUUUCCUAAAGCACCUGUGAUGCGUACGACUUACGAAAUCGAUCGUGCGAAUUAUGUGGAAGUCACUGGUCUGAAAAUUGAUGCUCGAUCGCUUGUUUUCUUACGUCAUGAUACCGAAUUAGAACAAUUUGCUCAAUUUGUCUUGAAUUUAGCAUCUCAAUGGCAUGGUUGUAGCAUUAAUAUUGUUGGAGGGUACGACGUCUACUGUUUAGUUACAGCAUCCAAUACUCCUGAACUUGACGUCGAUGACGAUGUUUUAGAACUCGAAGCGUCUCCUGUUACAUUUGAUGAUGUCAUUCCUCGAGAAGAGAGUGUGAGUGCCUAUGCUAUUCACCAUCGAGUUCCUUUCUUUGUUGCGGAGAUGGAACAUGAUCCACGAUUUCGAGCUCAUCCAUUGCAUAUAGAACAUGGUGCAGUGUCGUUCUUAAGUUUUCCAAUCGAUUCAAGACGCGACAAUUCUGAAGCGUAUUGUGUAGCCACAUUAGAUUUAUGGAAACGAAAUCAUGUACCAGCUAGUAGUCACGUUUCGAAUGAAUGGAUGGAAAACAUGACGGAGUUAAUUCACAAAAUUAGCGCUCGUCUUGAAGCAUUAGCACUGGAGACACAAGGAUUUUUGAAACCACGUGCUCGUGCUGCACAUUCAUUUAGUUCAUCAUGUGAUUCAAGAAGUAGUACAGGACGAGCAGAUUCGAUCAUUGAUAUGUAUGAUAUGGAAAAUGAAGCAGGUGGAGAUGGUCUAUCAUUUUCAACGGAAACAACAGAUCGACUUACAAGUUUAUCGUAUGCAAAAGUUCGAGGCCUUGGCUUAAAUGGACCUAAUGCUAUGACGUGGAAAUAUGAUAGCGAUAAUGAAAGCACAACAUCAAGUCAAAGUGCAAGUAGUUCCUGUAGUCAAAGCUCAAGGUUUUCAUCGCAAUUAUAUACAGCUGCAGACAUGCACUCGACGAUUGAAUCGUUACUUUAUCAAGCAUCAAAGACUUCGCAAUAUAUUAUAGCACUUGAAUGGAGUAGUUCUCGGGAAGUCGAGUCUGAUGAUGUCAUUCUUUUCAUGCAGCAAUUGAAUCAUGUACCAAGCAAUGCGUUUUGUGAGAUUGAUGGAAUCUCUUCACAAAGACGUGGGGUGUAUCGCCAGAAUCAGGAUAAAGAACAGAUUCGAAGUGUUAUUCAUCUGAAAUGUGAUUCAAAAGUCGCCGAGUUUCUGUGUAAGAAAUUUGGUAAGCAAACGCGACACGUAGCACGUGGUGAAGUGAUUCAAGUUCGGUGUAUACGCGUUUCUUCUUGUCUGAUGUCCUGGCUUUCUAAGCCUUGUGCUGAGAGUGAUGAGAAUACAGAAGCAACAACUGAGCUUCAAAUGGAGUCUCAUGUUAAAGAUGCAGUGCUUCCAAUUGCGAAAGUGAUUGGAUUUCUUGAUCUUUUAGGUGACCAAGUAGUCGAAGCACUGGAGGCUUAUGAGUUAUAUGCUGAUAAAGAUGCAAAGGGACCUCGACGCAUGACGAUGCUUGGACUUACAAAAGCUCUAUCUCGAUUAAGUAAGAAUGCUAAGCAGAGUCUUGAUUUUGAAAAGGGUAAUAAUGACGUGAAGAUCUUUAUUGAAAGUCUUCGACAGUUGUUGUCAAGACUGAUAACAAGCAAUAAUAUCGCUGUAAAGAAUAUUCCAGUUGCUCCAACGAUCCCUUUUCUCUCGUACACGGACUUUUUAGCGACUUACGUUGCUUUUCUUCCCACCAUUCAUCUAUCAACUUCAGGACGCUCGAUUUCCCAUAAUUUCAAUUUGAAAAAGAACCGUUAA